GGUCAAACGUAGUCUAACAGUGUCCAUUCAUACAUUAUUUUCAAGUUUCACAUGGUCAUAAAACUACAAGUCCCAGCAUACAAAAGAAGUCUGUACCGCCUGAUGCCGCAGUGGCUGAUUGGAAAUGAAGUUCCAGUUGCUUCGCUCCGCUCCCCGCAAAACAGGCCUACGUCGUGCUGAAGGCCAGCCAACCGUUUUUCUAGCUACCUGACGUGUGUUCGCCAAAUGUAUCAUAUUUUCACAUGUUAAGUGACGAGGCAAAGCUAUGACCGCUCGAUGCUGUGCCACCACUGAUCGAAUAAUUUGUGUGACACAAAAUGCAAUCGCCUGUGUUAGCCGCUAACGCCAUCUUUAGCCAAACAAGAAGACAGGGACGACUAGGGGAAGGAAGUAGGGAGCGGAGAGGAGGGCUCGCUCAAAUAGACGAUGGGAGUUGUAGUCCACAUUUCGCGCCGAGUCGCUUCAGGUUGAGCAAGUCGUGCCAGCGAAAACUACAAUCCCAUCGGCAAUACAGCCACAAUACAGCUGGUGGAGUUUCGGGAUUGUAGUUUUUUGAUACACGCUAACGAUAAUAAUCGACGAUGCGUGCAGCAAAUAGGACUACAGUUCCCAAAAUAUAGGCUACACAAUGAUGUCUCUUGUUUACCCAAUACGUCAGCCUGCUUUCGAGGCGUUGUUAAAUUCCACGCUAGAGACAUCGUUUGUACGCCAGCGCAUUCACCGAUAUGGUUGUGAGUUAACAACAUGGACAAUAUCGGAACACUUGUGAUUCAGGGUUCAGAAGUAGAGGGAGUGGAAACGGCUGUUACCAUUGCGGGCGCCGAUAAAACUAAAGCAGAGUUUGUAUGGACCUUGCUGGCCACAUGGCAUCUUGUAAACACCAGACUUGAAAUGGAUCAGGCUUUCGACCAGCCCAUAUGCAAGAAAAAGAAACUUUGGGAGACGGUGGCAGAGAAAGUGAAUGCCAAGCUGAGGGAGCCCGAUGGGGGCGACGUCACCGUGAAGUCCUACGAGUGCGACCUCAAGUGGAGAAACAUGUUGACCACCUACAGGAAGAACGCCGCUAGGGCCAAGAGGCUGGGGGAGGCCAGUGUCCACUGGGAGUUCUUCAGGAGGAUGCACGAGGUCCUGGGUAAGAGCCAGGAGGAGAUCCAAAACCUGCGGCAGGCCAAGUUGAGCGGGACUAAGGUGGGAAAGGCCAUGGCGAGCAAAAGGUUCACGCCAAUUCUGCCAUCACCCACUGGUGCAGCUUCAUCCGGCUCCCCACGGCCUCCGCAGGACGUCCUGCAGCUGUACAUGGAGCUGCAGGAGAGGAAGCUGAAGAUGUGGGCCCAGCAGAAGGCUCUGGAGGAGAGGAAAAUCGAGGCCAUCAACAACCUGGCCCAGGCCAUCUCAAGCCUGGCCCAGAAAAACACACACAUGGACAAAGAUGGCCGCUAGUGGCCAAGAUGAAGUCUCAGUCACUGAACUGCUGCCACAAGAUAAACGAUGCAUGCAAUGUAUAGGUACUCACCACUAACGAAUGAUAACGUAAGAUGAUCCAUGAAUAGAUGGAAUCAGAGAAGUUAAAUGUAAGUUUCACGCGUGCAUUUUUCUCAAACUAUGGUGUGGUCAAGGACCACCCAACAAAUUACAAAACGCGAAUGCUUGACGAAAAAACAUCAGUGAAACAUGACAUUUACAAAUUGUGGGCUUUUUUUUUUAACAGUGGUACAUGUGUGCUGAAUAUUUUACCAAUAUCACAAAUGUACACAUUUUUACCAACUUAGGGUGAAUAAGAUAUUUUUGUAAUUAAUUUUUGGACCAAAAUUCAGCGAUCAACAAUCCACUGCAUUGCUAAAGCGUACCACUACCCUCGUGGGUAAAAAGUGGAACUGCAACGUGUUGAAUCCGCAUUAAAAGUGACUGUGAUCAUAUCAAGAUGCUUGUAUUCAUAUGGUGGCAGUUCUAAUAAUAUUUAACAAGGCAUUAAGUUCUCUCUCAACUUUUCCAGAAAAUAUUAUAAAACUAACAUCUAUGAACCACCUUCAAAAUAGGGGGUUAAACAAAUGGUUAAGCAUCUCAUCCGCACACAUUUAUUGUAUCUUCAUGAGCUUUGAGAACAUAAAAGUUCUGCAAUGGCAUCCCGUUGGUGUACACCUUCCUCAUCUUUCUCACCCUCUUCAUUUAGAACUUCCUCCUCUCCAGCUUCUCCGUGAACCACAUCGCCUAUGUUCAAGAGGAUAUUGUGGAGCACGCAGGCAGUCAGCACCACAGCUCGGGCUCGGCUGUAGUUCCCGAUAUCCAGGCACAGGAGUCUUUGGAAUCUGGCCUUGAGGUUGGCGACAGCCUGAUCCAGAAUCCGGAGGUGCGGCUCCAGUGUGGCGUUUAACAGCUCUUCUCUCGGCCUGCAACUUCCAGUGUAGGGUGUUAAAAUGUGAGCAGUUAGCGGGUAGCCUGCCCGGGCCAGCAGCACAGAGCCGGGAGUCAUCAGGUCCCGUUUGAGUUUGUUACUGAGAGUGACGCCUCUGUCUGUGUCCUGGCCUUUGCCGAUCCUGCAGUGGAGGAAGCGUCCUGCACGGUCACACACGAGCUCCAGGUGGAGCCAAGAGUCAGGAUGCUCCGCCUUCUUCAUCCUCUUUGCCUCCGGCUGUGUGCUCUCCACGUCGUGUUUCCCUAUCGGCAGCCUGACGGGAAUCCGUGUGUGUCCCAGCACUCCUAGCACUCGAGGAACACACGGGCCUCCUUUGUCAUUCCCUCCGGAGAGCGGGAAGAGGAUAUCUUCUGCCUCGCUUCCUGCAGAGGGAAGGUCACACAAGUGAGACUCAUGGCAUCAUCUGAGACAACAUUGUGAAACCCACCCACUGGCCAACAGAUGUGCUUCUCCUCCAGCAUGUUGACACACUGGCAGAAGUAAAAGAAGAUGCGAUGGAUGUUUCCUUUCUCCAAGUGGAAAUGGCGAGACAAGGCACGGUAGCUGACGCGCUCGGAGAGCAGGGUGAGGCACAGCGGAACCGUCUGGGACAGGGCCAAGCGUGCCCGGCCCGUCAUGGGAAACCUGGAUUUGCAGCCCUGAAGGACAGCUGUAAUGUACUGAUGAGACAUGAAAGAGAAGUGGGAGAAUGUCACAUACAUCACAAGCAGAAUAAACUUUGAAAAAUCCUACCCUAUGGAAAUUACA